AUGGCGGACGACCAGAACUCGAACCAACACCACCACAACAACGGCUCUCGCGGCUGGCCCGACGAUGACAACCCGUUCGUCGCCUUCCGCCGUUUCGCCGAUGAGCAGAUUUCAUCGAUGCUCCAGUCGGUAAUGGGUAUUCCAUCUAUGGCCUCCCCUCCAUUGUCGAGCGGAUGGGACGUUUUCGCAGACGACCCAAAAUAUUCCCGGGAUUUCCGCUACCGCCAACAACACAAUGACGAUGCCAAAGAUACCGAAACUCCCUCGGGUGCGGACGCCCCGGGCGCUUCAACCUCAGACAACCAUCAGUCGCGAUCUGAAAAUCCUUGGCGGUCUCACGGAUAUGGAGGACGACGGGGCGCGUCUUCCCACGACCUCUUCGAUACGGAUUUCUUCGAUUCCUUUUUCGACAAAUUCUGGUUCGAUGACCACUUCUCGCGCUUCUUCCAUCCGUACCACCGCCCCAUGUUCUCCAGCAUGGUGAGCGACGACUCGCCCACCUGGCCCGUCACAUACCUUAUGUUCAGCCCCUAUUCGCCGCUGCACCUUGAGCGCCAAGCACAGUAUCGGUCUAAUCGCGACAGAGGAAUCUUUUCAUCGCUCAUGUCGUCUUUGAAACCUACUUCGGAGCGCGACCAGUCGGAACCACAGUGGAGAGAAGCUUUUGAGGAUCUUUUGCGACUCGAAAAUGGCAAACCGAUGCUCGAUCAUAGCCCGGCAGAAAACAACAAGCCGGAGACAGGAAGGGAAUGGAUGCAGGGCUUGGUAAAACGCGGUAGCUUGGGAGAUCGGUGGAAGUACGUUUCCGGAGCGGACGGUCGCCCUUGGUCAGGUAUCACUUUCGAAGGGCCUAAAUCCGAGAAAGACGACUCCAGAAGAUCGGGAGGAGACCAUCGGAACAACAAUGUGAAGGCCGAGUUCAGCUGGAAUGGGCAGCCUGAAUCGGUCACAGAAUUGGACCUGUACGACCGCUUCCUGGACGACAUUGAGGCUCGCGAGCGUCAAUUUUCCAGACUGCGCGAGAGCCCUCUCCUUCGUCUACUAUUGGAUGACAGAUAUGGAGAUAGAGAUGGACGGGAGCCGUCGCGCGAAGGAAACCACCGAGACGAUGCAGAAACCUGGCUGGAGCUGGUCGUUGGCGGCCAGAGGAAUUCUGUCCCAGACACCGUUUCUGAAAAAGAGCAAACCACCGAACCAUCUACAGCUGUCGACACUCCCUCGGCAGCAGAGCAGCAGCCCUACGUCAUCUCCACCAAAACCACGAUGGAGCGCGUCCGACUAUCAGAUGGCUCUGUUCAGACGAAAACCAUCAAGACAAAACGCUUUGCCGACGGUCGUGAGGAGAGUAACGAAUCUGUAGAGGUUGUCAACCCUCCCCAACAUAAUCGGGUUCCCCCAGCGAACCAGUCAUCUCAUGAGAAUAAAGAUGGCUGGUUCUGGAAGGGUAACUGA